UCGCGGGGAGGAUGGCGGCGCCGGAGCCGGCGCGUUAGGGCGAGUGCGGGCCGUCUGCUCGGCUGGGCGCUCGGCUGGCCCGGUUCUCCGUGAACGUGGAUGACGAGCCAGCCCUCCUCCUUCCCCCAGGAGCUGGUGACUGUUCUCGCCGUGGGAGCCGUGGCAGGCGGGCACCAUGGAUCUGGCUUACGUCUGCGAGUGGGAAAAAUGGCCCAAGAGCACCCACUGCCCGUCGGUGCCCCUGGCCUGUGCCUGGUCCUGCCGAAACCUCAUCGCCUUCACCACGGAUCUCCGGAAUGACGACCAGGACCUGACCCGCAUGAUCCACAUCCUGGACACGGAGCACCCCUGGGACGUGCACUCCGUCAGCUCGGAGCACAGUGAGGCCAUCACCUGCCUCGAGUGGGACCAGUCAGGCUCCCGGCUCCUGUCCGCUGAUGCCGAUGGGCAGAUCAAGUGCUGGAGCAUGGCGGACCACCUCGCCAACAGCUGGGAGAGCCACGUGGGCAGCCUGGUGGAGGGGGACCCCAUUGUGGCCCUGUCCUGGCUGCACAACGGUGUGAAGCUGGCACUGCAUGUGGAAAAGUCGGGUGCCUCCAGCUUCGGGGAGAAGUUCUCCCGCGUCAAGUUCUCGCCGUCGCUCACGCUGUUCGGCGGCAAGCCCAUGGAGGGCUGGAUCGCGGUGACGGUCAGUGGCCUGGUGACCGUGUCCCUGCUCAAGCCCAGCGGGCAGGUGCUCACGUCGACGGAGAGCCUGUGCCGGCUGCGCGGCCGCGUGGCCUUGGCCGACAUCGCCUUCACGGGUGGCGGCAAUAUCGUGGUGGCCACGGCGGACGGCAGCAGUGCGUCCCCGGUGCAGUUCUACAAGGUGUGCGUGAGCGUGGUCAGCGAGAAGUGCCGCAUCGACACCGAGAUCCUGCCCUCGCUCUUCAUGCGCUGCACCACUGACCUCAACCGCAGGGACAAGUUCCCCGCCAUCACACACCUCAAGUUCCUGGCCCGCGACAUGUCGGAGCAGGUGCUCCUGUGCGCGUCCAGCCAGACGAGCAGCAUCGUGGAGUGCUGGUCGCUGCGGAAGGAGGGGCUCCCCGUGAACAACAUCUUCCAGCAGAUCUCCCCCGUGGUUGGCGACAAGCAGCCCAUGAUUCUCAAAUGGCGGAUCCUGUCGGCCACCAACGACCUGGACCGCGUGUCUGCCGUGGCGCUGCCCAAGCUGCCCAUCUCGCUCACCAACACUGACCUGAAGGUGGCCAGUGACACCCAGUUCUACCCCGGCCUUGGGCUGGCCCUGGCCUUCCACGACGGCAGCGUCCACAUCGUGCACCGGCUCUCGCUGCAGACCAUGGCCAUCUUCUACAGCUCCGCCACACCACGCUCCGUGGACGAGCCAGCCAUCAAGCGCCCUCGGGCCACGGGCCCCGCCGUCCACUUUAAGGCCAUGCAGCUCUCCUGGACCUCCCUGGCCCUCGUGGGCAUCGACAACCACGGGAAGCUGAGCAUGCUCCGCAUCUCGCCCUCCAUGGGCCACGCGCUGGAGGUGCACCUGGCCCUGCGGCACCUGCUUUUCCUGCUGGAGUACUGCAUGGUGACCGGCUACGACUGGUGGGACAUCCUGCUGCACGUGCAGCCCGGCAUGGUGCAGAGCCUGGUGGAGAAGCUGCACGAGGAGUACACACGCCAGAACGCCGCCCUGCAGCAGGUGCUGUCCACGCGGAUCCUGGCCAUGAAGGCCUCGCUCUGCAAGCUGUCACCCUGCACGGUGACCCGCGUGUGCGACUACCAUGCCAAGCUCUUCCUCAUCGCCAUCAGCUCCACGCUCAAGUCACUGCUGCGCCCGCACCUGCUCAACACGCCUGACAAGAGUCCCGGUGACCGGCUGACCGAGAUCUGCGCCAAGAUCACCGAUGUCGACAUCGACAAGGUCAUGAUCAACCUCAAGACGGAGGAGUUUGUCCUGGACAUGAACACGCUCCAGGCGCUGCAGCAGCUCCUGCAGUGGGUGGGCGACUUCGUGCUCUACCUGCUGGCCAGCCUGCCCAACCAGGGCUCCCCGCUGCGACCAGGCCACAGCUUCCUACGGGAUGGCACCUCGCUGGGCAUGCUGCGUGAGCUGAUGGUCGUCAUCCGCAUCUGGGGCCUGCUGAAGCCCAGCUGCCUGCCUGUGUACACGGCCACCUCAGACACCCAGGACAGCAUGUCCCUGCUCUUCCGUCUGCUCACCAAGCUCUGGAUCUGCUGCCGCGAUGAGGGCCCCACGAGCGAGCCGGACGAGGCGCUGGUCGACGAGUGCUGCCUGCUGCCCAGCCAGCUGCUCAUCCCCAGCCUGGACUGGCUGCCCGUCAGCGACGGCCUCGUCAGCCGCCUGCAACCCAAGCAGCCCCUGCGCCUGCAUUUUGGCAAGGCGCCCGCUCUGCCUGGCAGUGCCACCACCCUGCAGCUGGACGGCCUCGUCAGGGCGCCGGGCCAGCCCAAGAUCGACCACCUGCGGAGGCUGCACCUGGGCGCCUACCCGACGGAGGAGUGCAAGGCCUGCACCAGGUGUGGCUGCGUCACCAUGCUGAAGUCGCCCAACAAGACAACAGCUGUGAAGCAGUGGGAACAGCGCUGGAUCAAGAACUGCCUGUGCGGGGGGCUCUGGCGGCGGAUGCCCCUCAGCUACCCCUGAGCAGCCCUGGGCCCUGUAACGGAGUCCCGGUGGGCUUCACAGGAAGGCCACGCCGUCCCCGCGCCGGGGACAGGUCAUCCCGCACACCCAGGCCUUCAUUGGGUGCGUCAACACAGCCGUCCUCGCAGUGCGGCUUUCGGGGCCUCGUCAGUGCCCUGUCCUCCGAGGGGCAGGGCCGACACAGCUGAAGCCUCACACUGGUGCCCCCUCGGCCCAGCAGGCGCCACGCUCCCCCUAAUGGCAGAUCCCGCAGGGGGCCCACUGCGCGCCGGCCGUGCCAGGUGGUGACUGAGACAGAGCGGCCGGCCCCGGGUCUCAGCUCAAGCAGGGCUACGGCCACGGCCACCCUCCCGGGUCCCUGGCGCCCGGGGCCCCUCUGGAUGCCGGGGUCCAGGACGGCCGGGCGCCCGUCCUUUAAUACAUUCCGUGUGAACCUGUCGGGCGUCCGGCGGGCGCUGCUGGUGACGCCCACUGGGGCUGUGUCUCCUGGGCCUGUGGACGCCGUGCAGGGCAGGCCCCAUAAACGUCCCGCUGGGUGGCGGGCGUCCUGUCGGUAUCCGGGUCCUACCCUGCAGCCCGCUCCGUGUGGUCCCUCACCUCCCCCCCAUCACGUGGAUCUGGUCUCUGUGCCCGUGUGUUGCUCUCUUGCUCUGUCAGCAUUUAUUGAGCGCCUAGUGUAUGCCAUGCAUGGGGCCCUGCGGGGAGCAGCGGCUGGGCCUGGUGGGCUGCUCCCCGCCACCCUGCCACCCCGUGGACAGUGGGUUUCUGUCCGUGCGCCUGUCCCCCGCGGCUCUGCCUCU